AUCUAUCACUUGCUACGACUGAGAUUGCUCGGUUAAAUCUCCUUCAAUCAAACUCAUAUAAAUAUACUCCUUUCUAGUUAUCACAUUCAUAUGCACUUCUAGUACAACCUAUCCAUAUAACUACCUGGUCAAGCAAUCAUCAUCAUCAUCAUUAGAAUCAUGUACUCUGUUGCAUCUCUUCUCAUCUUUAUCUUCCUCUGCAUGCAUGCCUGUAUCGCUCGCCAUCUUCCGCUUUUCGAUAAGGAUUUCCCCCAACAAAUUUUUCCAGCCAAGAUGGCUAAGGUUGUCAACUUUAAGAUGAAUCAAGACGAAGAUACAAAUGCAAACAAGAGCCUGGUUGAGAAAAGUGUUCAUAAUGCCGACGAGGACAGUGCAGACAUUCCAGACGCAGCAAAGGAAACUGAUACUUCUCAGCAGGAAAAAACUCAUGAAGAUCACAGAGGGAGUGAGAUUGAUGUGUCACUGUCCGAAAAAAGGAUUGAUGAGUCAAUGUCAUCCCCCAACAGGAUUGAUCAGCCAACCUCUCAAAAUGCAAAACAACUUCUGGCAGAGGGCUCAAAAUCGCGAAGACCAUACGAGGAAGAGGAGGCUCUAAAUGAGGGAGUGGAGGAAAGGCUUGUGGUUCUGGAGAAGGAUUAUAGCCCACCACAGCGGAAAACACCAAUUCACAACAAAUAAAUCUCUCCUCUGGAACUAUAUAUGCAUUCAUAGAUUUGAAUGCUGUUGUGAUACUUAUCUAAUAUAUUAGUACAUGAUUGCAUAUUCAAGAUGGUAGAUUAAUGUAAUAUAGUGGUGAGUACUGAGUAUCUGUAAUAUAUAUAUCCAGAAUGCAGAAGCUGACUUGCUAAAUAAAUGAGAAGAGCACUAUUUCUAAUUAUUUGAU